AUGCUCGCGUGCGCCGACGCACCGUCGACGACGGCGUCCGCGUCGCUCGACGCGCCGCCGCCGCCCGAGCGCGUCGUUCGCGACGGCGACCUCGUCGUCGUCGUCGAGGGCUUCAACGCCGCCGUCGCCGAGCGCGUGCGAAGCGGCGGCGUGUACGCGUCCAAGUACGGGACGUUUCACCACGACGAUUGGAUCGGGCGCGCGUUCGGCGCGCGCGCGCGCGAGCGGGACGGGAGAGGGUUCGUGUGGCUGUGCGCGCCGACGCCCGAGUUGUGGACGAAGGUGCUGGAACAUCGCACGCAAAUCCUGUACGCGGCGGACAUAUCGCUGGUGUGCGCGGAGAUGGAACUGACGCCGGGGAGCGUGGUGAUGGAGAGCGGGACGGGGUCGGGAAGCCUGACGCACGCGCUGGCGCGGUGCGUCGCGCCGACGGGACGAGUGUGGACGUACGAGUUCAACGAAACGCGCGUGAAAGCGGCAAAGGAAGAGUUCGCGCUGAAUGGGAUAUCGGAGUACGUCACCGUGACGCACAGAGACAUCGAACGGGAUGGAUUCCCGAAGGAGAUGGCGGGACGCGCGGACGCGGUUUUUUUGGACUUGCCGGGGCCGCACAAGUGCGUGGGGAGCGUCGCGCGUAGUCUUCGCCCGGACGGCGUGCUCUGUUCGUUUUCGCCGUGCAUCGAACAGGUGCAGAAAACUAUUUUAGAGAUGAAAAAGCACGGGUUUGCGGACGUCAAGACGGUGGAGUUGUUGGGGCGCGAAUACGACGUCGAGGGAAAGCGGUUGCAGAGAGACUUGUCGGCGCCGCUGAGCAAGGCGACCAAGGUGGGAUGGCGGAAGGACACUAAGCGCCCGCGUGACGCGCCGGUGGACGAUGGCGACGACAACGUAAUGACGCAGCACGUCGUCACAUUUCCGCGACAGCGCCUGCAGUCGCACACGGCGUACCUGACGUUUGCCCGUCUCGUGCCCGAGCCCGAAGGUUGGGCGAAGACGCUCGCCGAGCGCUCGAAGAAUGGCGUGGGUGGAGACUUGUUAGCGCGCGCGGCGGAGGUGUUGCAGAGGAAUCGACGCAGUGGGCGCGACAGUCCAGCGCCACGGGCACCGAAAGCGCCGAACAAAAACAUGCUCUCCAACCCGGGCGAGUACUCCGAUUAG